GUCUGUAGUUUCCCCCUCUUCGUCUGUCCUCGAAUAUGUUGAGUGUUGAGAGAAGUUAAAUGCCGGAAUCGUUAGCUAGCUUGCGGUUGUUUGCUAGCCAGCUUGUUGCGCAGAUGAAAAUCGGAAAGGAAGACGCGACGCUCAGUUGAGCCGACUGCUGAUUUUAGGUGACUACACACGUCGUUCUUCGGAGUCUUGGCUAACAGUUUUUUUCCCCAAGCUCAAGCGAAUCUUACAAUUCAGUGAUCGUUGAUCCCAGUGGAGUGCUGUAUAUGUUCAUUGACCGCUCGCUUAUUGAGAUACUGGCCACCUCAAGCAACAGACGACUGAGGGGAUAAAACUGUCGAGAGCUCCCUCUACAACCCGGCUGGUAGCGGUACAAAAACGCUGUUAAUCAGCUCAGAAUGCCCUCUUGCUGUAGUGGAAAAUCUUUCAGCAUAACUUAGUAUCUGAAUAGUUGAUGAGUUCCUGUGCUUCUACAUGAAUCAGUAAUUUUGGGCGUUUUCACGAAGCCUGGCUUUUUGGCGAGUUCAUUAGUAUUAUCAGGAAAUGAGAGUGUCAUAGCAAGAGGACGUGAUGCACAUCAAGUGUUUCUUAAGCACAAACUGACAAAGUAACAAAUAGCUUUAAGCAAAAGUUGCACAUGGUGUGUGAUGCGUCAGAUCCGAAACUAACAAAUACUCAACGAUGAGGGAGAAAACACCUGUUAACGGCUUUCUUAUUGUGGUUUGAUAUAAUUUUGAUGCUAGUAAAAUGGAAAGGCUGUACGAGAAAACUAACCAACAGCACAUCCUGUUUAAACUUCAUAUUGCAUUUAAAGAUCUUUUUCUUAACCACGUCUAGAUCUUAAUCUGUAUUUUGUUACAAGAGGGAAGGUCAGAGAUAGCACAAUCACCCAAUGCAGAGAAUUAAACAGGCAGGAGAACGGAGAGACAAAGUUCCCCUUAUUGGUCCAGGUCACUCUAGCAAGUCAAUAAAUUGUACCAUUAAACAGAAAUGUUGUACCCAUGGAAGGGGGACAGACUGAUGCCGUAGUGGACGAGACGGGGGAUGCUUUCAAAGCCAAGGAUUGUAAGACAUAUCAACGGCGACGUGAGGACGAAGAAGUUGAAGCCGAGCUGCUACAGGCGGCUGGUCUAGAGGCAGUAGAGCAACCCGUAGCCGAGGGUGAGGUGACGGGUACUGUGGUCGAUGCACAGCAGCAACUGGUUGAAGGUGUGGUGAGCGUAAAUAGUGGUGUCGAAAUGAUGGUCAUGGACUCGCUGGACCCAGCCCUAUUGCAAAUGAAGACAGAAGUGAUGGAGGGUACCAUGACCACUAGUGUGGGUGUAGCUGGGGCUGCACAUGAGGCCACAGUCACCACAGUGGAUGACACACAGAUCAUUACCCUACAGGUGGUCAAUAUGGAGGAACAACAAUUGGGCCUGGGUGAACUGCAACUCGUUCAGGUGCCUGUUUCAGCUGUGCCUGUUACUGCCACCACUGUAGAAGAGCUGCAGGGAACACUGGUGGAUGCUACUGCCAUGCCCAAAGAUGGAGAACCUGUUAUCUGUCACACGCUGCCUCUCCCAGAGGGCUUCCAGGUUGUAAAAGUAGGUGCCAACGGAGAAGUAGAGACUGUAGAGCAAGAUGAGCUCCAUGCUCAUGAGGAGCAGUCUAUGCCGCAACCAGAAGACGAGGAGAUUCCUGAACCCCAGAAUGAUGACCCCACUUGGGCCAAGGACCCCGACUACACGCCUCCUGUCAAAAAGACCAAAAAGACAAAGAAAAGCAAGCUGCGCUACAACACUGAAGGCGAGAAAGAUAUGGAUGUGUCUGUUUACGACUUUGAAGAGGAGCAGCAAGAAGGUCUGCUCUCUGAGGUUAAUGCAGAGAAGGUUGUGGGCAACAUGAAACCUCCAAAGCCAACCAAAAUCAAGAAGAAGGGUGUGAAGAAGACAUUCCAGUGCGAGUUGUGUAGCUACACCUGCCCAAGACGCUCCAACCUUGAUCGUCACAUGAAGAGUCACACAGAUGAGAGGCCGCACAAAUGCCACUUGUGUGGACGUGCUUUCAGGACAGUCACCCUGCUGAGGAACCAUCUCAACACACACACAGGCACAAGACCCCACAAAUGUACAGAUUGUGAUAUGGCUUUUGUGACUAGCGGUGAGCUUGUGCGACACCGUCGCUAUAAACACACCCAUGAGAAACCCUUCAAGUGUUCCAUGUGUGACUAUGCUAGUGUGGAGGUCAGCAAGCUGAAGAGACACAUUCGCUCUCAUACUGGAGAGCGUCCAUUCCAGUGCAGCCUUUGCAGCUAUGCCAGCAGAGACACCUACAAGCUUAAGAGACACAUGAGAACCCACUCAGGGGAGAAGCCGUAUGAGUGCUACAUCUGUCAUGCACGUUUUACCCAGAGCGGCACUAUGAAGAUGCACAUUCUGCAGAAGCAUACUGAGAAUGUGGCCAAGUUUCACUGCCCCCACUGUGACACUGUCAUUGCUCGAAAAAGUGAUUUGGGUGUGCAUCUGCGUAAGCAGCAUUCCUACAUUGAGCAAGGCAGGAAGUGCCGUUACUGUGAGGCGGUGUUUCAUGAGCGCUACGCCCUCAUCCAGCACCAGAAGUCCCAUAAGAACGAGAAACGGUUCAAGUGUGACCAGUGUGACUAUGCUUGCCGACAGGAGCGCCACAUGGUGAUGCAUAAGCGCACACACACUGGGGAAAAGCCAUAUUCCUGCAGCCACUGUGAGAAAACCUUCAGACAGAAACAACUUCUGGACAUGCAUUUUCGUCGCUACCAUGACCCCAACUUUGUGCCCACUUCCUUUGUGUGCACCAAGUGUGGCAAGACCUUCACACGCAGGAACACCAUGGCGAGGCAUGCUGAGAACUGUUCUGGAAUGGAAGGUGGUGAUGGAGAAAAUGGUACUCCAACCAAGAGAGGCCGUGGUGGCAGAAAGAGAAAGAUGCGCUCCAGGAAGGAUGAUGACGACAGUGAUGAACAUGGAGAGCCUGAUUUGGAUGACAUUGAUGAGGAGGAUGAGGAUGAAGAGGAUGUUCUUGAUGAUGUGGAGAUGGAGGUGGAACAAGCUCCACCAACCAUUCCUGUCCCUGCACCUGCUGAGCCACCUGUCAAGAGGAAACGCGGCCGACCUCCCAAGAACCCCCCCAAAGCUUCCCCUGCUAAGAACACAGCCAUUGCACCCACUGCUACUGCCAUUAUCCAAGUGGAGGAUGAGGGGACAGGAGCCAUUGAGAACAUCAUAGUCAAGAAGGAGCAGGAUGGCAUGGAUUCUUCAGUGGUGGCAUCAGCAGAGCCUCUGGUGGAGGAGAUUGAGGCCUCUGAGGGAGGAAUGGAGGCUGAACAACUCUCCGUCCCUGAGGCCGCACCUAAUGGGGACCUCACCCCUGAGAUGAUCCUCAGCAUGAUGGACCGGUGAUUUGCUCUCCCAGGCCUAAUAUCCACACGCUCAUGUGCGUCUUCUCCCAUGCUGUCACCUCCCUGCCUCAUAGAACACAGCCAAACUUCUUUCUGCUGCGUUCUCCUUCUGUUUCUGAUCUCUGGAAUGAAAUAUCCAAUGUUUCUUUUUCACUCUUAAUCUUCACUUUAAUUUUUUCCUUGUUACAUGCUUUUGACUCAUGAUGUCUACUGUGCAUGAUGCUUUUUUUUUUUUUUUUUUUAAAUUGAAUUAUUAGUCUGAUUAUCUUCCCAUGUAUACCAUCUAGUGUGUGGCGGCGGUUUGCAGAGGUGCUUGUGCGAAUCCUGUGACUGUAAUCGGUUCCUCAUAUUUACUGUAGUGAACUGAGCACGUUUAGAUCUUUUUUUGCUUAAUUAACAUGCCAAUAUUUUUUCAGCCUUUUUAUCUUGCAUUACCAUGGCAAUAUUUGAAAAGUAAAACAUAAUGGCCCUGUUAAAGCCUUGAUAUUUA